AUGAGGAGGUCAGUAGACGAGGCCAACGGAGCCUGUAUCCCCCUGUUUGAUUGUCAUACCGAACAUCUCAUCCCGAACAUCUCAUCCCUAACAACUCAUCCCGAACAUCUCAUCCCGAACAUCUCAUCCCGAACAUCUCAUCCCGAACAUCUCAUCACGAACAUCUCAUCCCGAACAUAUCAUCACGAACAUCUCAUCCCGAACAUCUCAUCACGAACAUCUCAUCCCGAACAUCUCAUCACGAACAUCUCAUCACGAACAUAUCAUCCCCAACAACUCAUCCCAAACAUCUCAUCCCAAACAUCUCAUCCCAAACAACUCAUUCCGAACAUCUCAUUCCGAACAACUCAUCCCCAACAUAUUAUCCCAAACAUCUCAUCCCGAACAUCUCAUCCCGAACAUCUCAUCCCGAACAUCUCAUCCCGAACAUCUCAUCCCGAACAUCUCAUCCCAAACAUCUCAUCCCGAACAACUCAUCCCAAACAUCUCAUCCCGAACAUCUUAUCCCGAACAUCUCAUCCCGAAUAUCUCAUCCCAAACAUAUCAUCCCGAACAUCUCAUCCCGAACAUCUCAUCCCGAACAUCUCAUCCCGAACAUCUCAUCCCGAACAUCUCAUCCCCAACAACUCAUCCCGAACAACUCAUCCCAAACAUCUCAUCCCGAAGAUCUCAUCCCAAACAACUCAUCCCAAACAUCUUAUCCCGAACAUCUCAUCCCGAACAACUCAGCCCCAACAACUCAUCCCGAACAUCUCAUCCCGAACAUCUCAUCCCGAAGAUCUCAUCCCAAACGUCUCAUCCCCAACAUAUUAUCCCGAACAUCUCAUCCCGAACAACUCAUCCCAAACAUCUCAUCCCGAACAUCUCAUCCCCAACAUAUUAUCCCGAACAUCUCAUCCCAAACAUCUCAUUCCAAACAUCUCAUCCCGAAGAUCUCAUCCCAAACAUCUCAUCCCCAACAUAUUAUCCCGAACAUCUCAUCCCGAACAUCUCAUCCCGAACAACUCAUCCCAAACAUCUCAUCCCAAACAUCUCAUCCCGAACAUCUCAUCCCGAACAACUCAUCCCCGACAACUCAUCCCCAACAACUCAUCCCAAACAUCUCAUCCCAAACAUCUCAUCCCAAACAUCUCAUCCCGAACAUCUCAUCCCAAACAUCUCAUCCCAAACAUCUCAUCCCGAACAUCUCAUCCCGAACAUCUCAUCCCAAACAUCUCAUCCCGAACAACUCAUCCCAAACAUCUCAUCCCGAACAACUCAUCCCGAACUCAUCCCCAACAACUCAUCCCCAACAACUCAUCCCCAACAACUCAUCCCCAACAACUCAUCCCAAACAUCUCAUCCCAAACAUUUCAUCCCAAACAUCUCAUCCUGAACAACUCAUCCCAAACAACUCAUCCCGAACAUCUCAUCCCGAACAUCUCAUCCAAAAAAAUAUCAUCCCGAACAACGCAUCCCGAACAUCUCAUCCCAAACAUCUUAUCCCGAAGAUCUCAUCCCAAACAUCUCAUCCCCAACAUAUUAUCCCGAACAUCUCAUCCCGAACAUCUCAUCCCGAACAACUCAGCCCCAACAUCUCAUCCCGAACAUCUCAUCCCGAACAUCUCAUCCCGAAUAUCUCAUCCCAAACAUAUUAUCCCGAACAACUCAUCCCAAACAUCUCAUCCCGAACAUCUCAUCCCGAACAUCUCAUCCCGAAUAUCUCAUCCCAAACAUAUCAUCCCGAACAUCUCAUCCCGAACAUCUCAUCCCAAACAUCUCAUCCCAAACAUCUCAUCCCGAACAUCUCAUCCUGAACAACUCAUCCCGAACAUCUCAUCCUGA